UGCUCCAGUUACUGUUCUGAUGUCACGUAUAUCCAGGUCUUUAUUUGAUGUUUCAUGGAAUGAUUUCACGAGAAGCAGCAGAUCAGCUGCUGAGCCUAGCAGAAGGCAGUUAUAUUAUUCGGGAAAGUCAACGUCAGUCUGGUACCUAUACACUGGCACUGCGGUUUGGAACUCAGACCAGAAAUUUUCGUCUUUACUAUGAUGGGAAACACUUUGUUGGAGAAAAACGUUUUGAGUCGAUCCAUGACCUGGUAACAGACGGAUUAAUUACAUUAUACAUUGAGACUAAGGCUGCAGAAUACAUUGCCAAGAUGACGAUUAAUCCAAUCUAUGAGCACAUAGGCUAUACAACUUUAAACCGAGAGCCUACCAACACAAAAUGUCUUCCAGCUGUGAGGGACAUACAAGCAGAGCCCCAAUGUGCUGAAGACAGUGCCACUCCAGAGGAGAGGUUGACUUCACUUGUUCGAAGAGCCACUCUGAAGGAAAAUGAAAGGAUUCCAAAAUAUGAAAAAGUACAUAAUUUUAAGGUUCAUACAUUCCGAGGGCCUCACUGGUGUGAGUACUGCGCCAAUUUUAUGUGGGGUCUGAUUGCUCAAGGCGUGAAAUGUGCAGAUUGUGGCUUGAAUGUUCAUAAGCAAUGUUCCAAGAUGGUGCCAAAUGAUUGCAAACCAGACUUGAAGCAUGUGAAAAAAGUCUAUAGCUGCGAUUUGACAACAUUAGUUAAAGCACAUAACACAAAAAGACCAAUGGUGGUGGAUAUGUGCAUUAGAGAAAUUGAAAACAGAGGUCUAAUGUCUGAAGGUUUGUACAGAGUAUCAGGGUUUAGUGAUCUAAUUGAAGAUGUCAAACUGGCAUUUGACAGAGAUGGUGAGAAAGCAGAUAUUUCGGUAAAUAAUUAUGAAGAUAUAAAUAUAAUCACAGGUGCACUUAAACUGUACUUCAGAGAUUUGCCCAUUCCACUUAUUACAUAUGAUGCCUACCCAAAAUUUAUUGAAGCUGCACAGAUUCCAGAACCUGAUGAGCGAUUGGAGUCAGUCCAUGAAGCACUAAAAAUGUUACCACCUGCACACUGUGAAACCCUGAGUUACCUUAUGGCUCAUUUAAAAAGGGUUACUCUACAUGAGAAGGACAAUCUAAUGAAUGCCGAGAAUCUAGGAAUUGUGUUUGGACCAACUCUAAUGCGAGCUCCAGAGCAGGAUCCCAUGGCUGCCUUGAAUGACAUACGUUAUCAAAGACUGUUGGUUGAGAUGCUCAUCCAAAAUGAAGAUAUUUUGUUUUGAAACUGUUAGGAGGGAAAUUUUUAAAAAAUGGUAGGAAGAAUGAGUUAACUUAUUUUACCUGGGUAAUUGUUUGAGUGAGCAGGUUGAA